UAACAACCUUGCUGAGGACCCUGGUGUGCAGACCCCCUUUGUGCAGUGAGGAGAGCUUCCAUGGUAACGACACAUGCACCUAAAGUGGAUACAAUGGAUUCAGUAGAUACUACCACCACCAGCCUUGACUCAACCCCGUACAGCUAUGAUUAUGACUACGAUGAACUCUGCAACAAAACAGGUGUCAUCCAAUUUGGAGCGAUCUUCACUCCAGUGUUUUUCUCGAUUGUGGUGAUCCUCAGCAUCUUUGGCAACAUCCUGGUCCUCGUGGUGCUGGUCAAGUUUGAGAAUUUGAAAUCCCUCACCAACACCUUCAUCCUGAAUCUGGCUGUAUCAGAUCUCUUCUUCACAGCUUCUCUGCCCUUCUGGGCUUACUACAACAUGCACGGAUGGACCUUAGGGGAGCAUGCAUGCAAAAUAGUGAACUUUAUCUUCUGCCUUGGAUUCUACAGCAGCGGUAUCCUCCUCAUCCUGAUGACUGCUCACCGCUAUAUAGCUGUUAUAAAUCCUCUGUCUGACAUUGUUUCCACCACAGGCUAUUACAGUAUUGUAGCAUCUGCGAUCAUUUGGGUCGUUAGCAUCCUGGUUUCCAGUCUAGCUUUCGCUGCCAGCAAAGUUGCAGAGUCAAAGUACUGUGUAUAUGCAGAUUCUUUUUGGAGCUUGUGGGGAAUCUACCAGCAAAACAUUCUCUUUAUAAUUACCUCAGUGGUGUUCAUGUUUUGCUACACUCAUAUCAUGUGCAGGUUGCUUCAUCCUGUGCAAAGAAGACGAAACAAAACUUUGAAACUAAUUUUUAUUCUCAUGGUUGUUUUCCUUAUUGGAUGGGUACCUUACAAUUUAGUGAUAUUUCUGCAGUCAUUUUCCUACUGGCCGAGAGAAAGUGACUCAUUAGCGGAAGAUUGUCAAUAUAGCAAAAACCUGGAUUACGCGCUUGAGAUUACUCGACUUUUUGCCUUUUCACAAUGCUGCCUUAACCCUGUGUUUUAUGUGUUUGUGGGGGUUAAAUUCAAAACCCAUUUGAAGAAAAUGCUAAAGAGCUUGGGCCGCAAAAAAAACAACAACAGCUUUCGCAAGAGACAAAACCGGCACACAAUAACAUCGGUAACAAGUGGUGAAGAGUUUUCAGAGGCACCUUGAUAUUGUAAAAACCAGAACUAAUACAUCUUAUUCAUUAACAGAGUUGAUUCUCAAAAUGUCUCAAAAGGAUUUCAUUGUUCUUUGAAUCUGGGAUCACUUGGGAAUUAACUGCCAACAUGUUUUUCCAAAAUGAUUUUCCACAAUGUUGGUGCUUUUUACAUCCAUUUUCUGACUCUUCUUGAAAAUUACUGAUCAGUAACAUAUAUCAAUGCAACAUGACUACUGAUGUUCAUCAGGUUAUUGCUUGCCAUUUAUUAUUCAGCUGAAUAUGUAUAUAUUAUGUAUAUAUUAACAUUUGCUAAAUAGCAUUAAAUAAAAAAUAAAAUGCCAAAAAUAGGCUGAGCAACAUAACCUGUUACUUACAAUGCUGCAUCUUUGUGAAACUGCAGUUGGUUUCCUAAUGUCUUUAGCCAUCAGUGGUCAAAGCAUGCACACAUAUUCAAGAGGUUUAUUGUCAUCAUAAACAUCAUAAUGAAGUGCGGUCUAUAUGAUUUUAAACCAGAAGAGCUGGUUUGACUGUCUCAGAAACUUUUUGAGAUAUCUGGGAUUAAGACAUAUUUUUUGGAGUUUACAGAUAAUGGUAUAAAAAAAAAAAGCACAAAUUGAAAUGAAUGGUAGUUACUAACAACAGAAACCUAUGAUAGUAACUCAAACAGCCUCGUUCAGAUGAUGGGAUCAUAAAGACUUCAAGUUGUUCUGGGGUUGGAGUGCAGUCGUAUCAUUUACUGGAAGCUGCAACUGAAACAAGAAGAAUAGAAAAGUGGGAAACUUCUGUUUAACCUCGAUCGUGUGUAAUAUGUUGUAAUAUUUUGUAAUAUGUUGUAAUAUAUUUUGUUUAAUCAAGUUUGCUUCAUGUACUUAUCUGUGGUUAUAGUUUCUGACCAAACUCUUCUAUGAUAAAGAACCUUUUAUUGCUGUAGCAAUUUCAUUUGUGUUUUGAUCUGCUGAUUAUGCUGUACAUAGUAUUACAGAUAUAUCUGUGUCACUUUGGUUAUCCAUGAUAAAUUUCACGAUCACUUUGGGAGCACUUAAAAAAAUAUAUGUUUCCAGUUUUCAGCCAAACAUAACAACAGAGUAUUGGGAAUACUGCUUAUUUUCAUAUUCUAAUAUCAUCAGCAUUAUUCUUUUGCUUUACAAAAUAAUAAACAAAAGAAGACACACAGUUAUUUUUGUGUUAGUUUUGGCUAGUGCUGCAUGCUUGUAGUCUGUUACAUGUUUAAUAAAAGUAUGGAA